GGAGACUCGGGAACCGCGUUCGCUUCUGCGGGGACGACUCACCCCCGCUGCCGGGAAAGAUGUCGGAUACCAAGGUGAAAGUGGCCGUCAGAGUCCGGCCCAUGAACAGGCGAGAGCUAGAGUUGAAUACCAAGUGUAUUGUGGAAAUGGAAGGGAAUCAGACCGUGUUGCAUCCUCCACCUUCAAACAACAAGCAAGGAGAAAACAGAAAAUUACCAAAGGUAUUUGCCUUUGAUUACUGUUUCUGGUCUAUGGAUGAAUCAAACACUGCAAAAUAUGCAGAUCAACAAGUUGUGUUUAAGUGCCUUGGAGAAGGAAUUCUUGAGAAAGCCUUUCAGGGAUAUAAUGCUUGCAUUUUUGCAUAUGGACAAACAGGCUCAGGAAAAUCCUUCUCAAUGAUGGGGAAUGCAGAGCAGCUGGGUCUGAUCCCACGCCUCUGCUGUGCUUUAUUUCAGAGAAUCACUUUAGAACAAAAUGAUUCACACACUUUUAAAGUUGAGGUGUCCUAUAUGGAAAUCUAUAAUGAAAAGGUCAGAGAUCUACUGGACCCUAAAGGGAGUCGGCAAUCCCUCAAAGUUCGUGAGCACAAAGUUUUGGGUCCAUAUGUAGAUGGUUUGUCUCAACUAGCUGUUACUUGCUUUGAGGAUAUAGAGUCACUGAUGUCAGAGGGAAACAAGUCCCGGACAGUUGCAGCAACCAACAUGAAUGAAGAAAGCAGCCGUUCUCAUGCUGUAUUUAAUAUUAUAGUAACUCAAACACUUUAUGAUCUGCAGUCUGGCAACUCUGGAGAGAAAGUGAGUAAAGUUAGCCUGGUAGAUCUGGCUGGUAGUGAGAGAGUAUCUAAAACAGGAGCUGCAGGAGAACGUUUGAAGGAGGGCAGCAAUAUAAACAAGUCCCUUUCAACACUAGGUUUGGUUAUCUCAUCACUUGCAGACCAAGCAGCAGGAAAGGGGAAAAAUAAAUUUGUGCCUUACCGAGACUCUGUACUCACUUGGCUUCUCAAGGACAACUUGGGAGGAAAUAGCCAAACAGCCAUGAUAGCUACAAUCAGUCCAGCAGCUGAUAAUUAUGAAGAAACACUGUCUACGCUGAGAUACGCAGAUAGAGCUAAAAGAAUAGUAAAUCAUGCUAUAGUGAAUGAGGAUCCCAAUGCCAGGGUGAUUCGAGAACUACGUGAAGAAGUAGAGAAGCUGAAAGAGCAACUUUCUCAGGCAGAGGCUAUGAAAGCACCAGAAUUAAAGGAAAAAUUGGAGGAAUCUGAAAAACUAAUAAAAGAACUAACCAUCACCUGGGAAGAGAAAUUAAGAAAAACUGAGGAAAUUGCACAGGAAAGACAAAAGCAGUUAGAGAGUAUGGGUAUUUCUCUUGAAUCUUCGGGCAUCAAGAUGGGAGAAGACAAGUGCUAUCUGGUGAAUUUAAAUGCUGAUCCUGCGCUCAACGAAUUAUUAGUUUAUUAUUUAAAGCAGGACCACACUAGGGUUGGCGCGGAUACCUCACAGGACAUACAGCUAUUUGGGAUAGGAAUUCAACCAGAACAUUGUGAGAUAGACAUCGCACUAGAUGGAGAAGUUUCUCUCUCACCAAAAGAAAAUGCAAGAUCAUGUGUAAAUGGCACACUGGUGUGUUCUGUAACGCAGCUGUGGCAUGGAGAUAGAAUCUUAUGGGGCAACAACCACUUUUUUAGAAUUAAUCUUCCUAAGAGAAAGCGUCGAGAUUGGUUUAAAGACUCUGAAAAGGAAAUGAUGCUAGCAGAACAUGAUCUAGAUGCAGCUAGCGAAGCUUCUUCAGAACCAGACUAUAACUAUGAAUUUGCACAGAUGGAAGUUAUAAUGAAAACGCUGAACAGCAAUGAUCCAUUACAAAAUGUGGUCCAGGUGUUGGAGAAACAAUAUUUGGAAGAAAAACGUAGUGCUUUGGAGGAGCAGCGGAUAAUGUAUGAGCGUGAGCUGGAGCAGCUCCGGCAACAGCUUUCUCCAGAAAGGCGUUAUCAGCAGUGUGGUGACAGACUUUCAGAUGCUGCCCAGACUGUUCAGCAGAAAGUGAACUUCUGGUCAGAAGAGAGGGAUGAAUUAUUUCGACAAAGCUUGGCAAAACUAAGAGAACAAAUAGUUAAGGCCAAUGCAUUAGUGAGGGAAGCCAACUUUUUGGCUGAAGAAAUGAGCAAGCUAACAGAUUAUCAAGUCACACUUCAGAUCCCUGCUGCUAACUUGAGUGCCAACAGAAAGAGGGGAGCAAUUGUAAGUGAACCAGCUAUUCAGGUAAAAAGAAAAGGAAAAAGUACUCAGGUGUGGACCAUUGAGAAGCUAGAAAACAAAUUAAUUGACAUGAGAGAGUUAUAUCAAGAUUGGAAAGAGAGAUUUCAGGAGAUGAAAAAACUCACAGGAAAAAGAGGUGACCCUUUCUAUGAAGCACAAGAAAAUCACAAUUUAAUUGGUGUAGCAAAUGUCUUUUUGGAGUGCCUUUUCUGUGAUGUAAAGCUUCAGUAUGCAGUACCAAUAAUUAGUCAACAAGGGGAGGUUGUAGGCCGUCUGCAUGUUGAAGUCAUGCGUGUCACUGGUGCUGUCCCGGAACGUGUCAUGGAAGAUGAUUCUUCUGAAAACUCUAGUGAAAGUGGAAGCUUAGAAAUAAUGGAUAAUAAUGGAGAAAUUAUUCACAGACCAAAAAAACUCACAUGCAGGGUAAAAAUUAAAGAAGCAACAGGACUACCACUGAAUCUCUCAAACUUCGUCUUUUGUCAAUAUACCUUCUGGGAUCAGUGUGAAUCAACUGUUGCAGCACCAGUUGUAGAUCCGGAUGUGCCUUCACCUCUGGGCAAAGAUGUCCAAUUUACAGUGACUUUCUCUCAUUGUAGGGAUUAUGUGGUGAAUGUAACAGAGGAAUUUCUGGAGUUCAUUGCAGAUGGCGCUCUUGCUAUUGAGGUCUGGGGUCACAGAUGUGCUGAAAAUGGGAGCUCCGUAUGGGAGGUGGAUUCUCUUCGUGCAAAAUCCAGGACCUUGAGAGACAGGUGGAAUGAAGUAACACGUCAAAUAGAAAUGUGGGUUUCAAUUCAAGAACUAAAUGAAAUUGGGGAUUAUGCAGCUGUGGAGCUCCACCAGGCAAAAGAUGUAAACACAGGAGGAAUUUUCCAACUUAGACAGGGUCAUUCUCGUAGAGUUCAGGUGGUAGUUAAACCAGUGCAGCAUUCAGGAACAUUGCCACUUAUGGUUGAAGCUAUUCUGUCUGUUUCCAUCGGCUGUGUGACUGCCAGAUCAACCAAAUUGCAGCGGGGCUUAGACAGUUACCAGAAAGGAGAUGAUGAUGAUGGUGAUAUGGAUAGUUAUCAGGAGGAAGAUUUGAACUGUGUGAGAGAGAAGUGGUCAGAAGCUCUAAUAAAACGCAAAGAAUACUUAGAUGAGCAAAUUAAAAAAAUCAGCAAUAAACAAGAGAAAACAGAAGAUGACAUAGAAAGAGAAGCAAGGCUUGUAGAACAAUGGGUGGGACUUACAGAAGAAAGAAAUGCUGUGCUGGUCCCAGCACCAAACAGUGGUAUUCCAGGUGCUCCUGCAAAUUGGGUUCCACCUCCUGGAAUGGAAACACAUGUCCCUGUACUUUUUCUUGAUUUGAAUGCCGAUGAUCUUAGUGCCAAUGAACAGCUUAUAGGUCCACAUGCAUCAGGAGUGAAUUCAAUACUACCAAAGGAGCACGGAAGUCAGUUUUUUUAUUUGCCAAUAAUAAAGCACAGUAAGGAUGAGAUUUCAGCCACUGCAGCCUGGGAUUCUUCUGUGCAUGAUUCAGUCCAUUUAAACAGAGUAACACCUCAAAAUGAGAGAAUAUAUUUGAUUCUCAAGAUUACAGUCCAACUCAGCCAUCCUGCUGCAAUGGAACUAGUGUUACGUAAAAGGAUUGCUGCUAAUAUUUAUAAUAAACAGAGUUUUACACAAAGUCUCAAACGAAGAAUAUCUCUAAAAAAUAUAUGGUAUGCUUGUGGUGUGACUUAUGAAAUAGUAUCAAACAUACCAAAGGCCACAGAAGAAAUUGAGGAUCGGGAGACUCUAGCUCUGAUGGCAGCCAGAAAUGAAAAUGAGGGUACAUCUGAUGGUGAAACAUAUAUUGAAAAGUAUAUACGUGGAGUAUUACAAGUUGAAAAUAUUUUGAGUCUUGAACGGCUGCGACAGGCCGUUACAGUCAAAGAAGCUGUUUCUGCUAAGACCCGACACAUACAAAGGAGCAUUAGCACACCAAAUGUUCACAACGUAUCUUCUAGUCGAUUAGAUCUUUCUGGCUGUGAUGAAGAUAAGGGUUGGUUGGAAGGUCAUCUAGAUGUCUUAGAGUUUUCUUCUAGUUAUCAAGACGUAUCAUGUUAUAGUACUUUACCAAGGGAUUCACCUCAUAAAAAUAAAGAUAACAGUGAGAAUCCACACACAUCAAGCGUCAGCUCAUUUAAAGCUUUCUCUCCACAACCACCCAAGUUUUUCAAACCAUUAAUGCCAGUAAAAGAAGAAAACAAAAAGGCGUCUCUUGAAACUCGACCUCUGCUUAGCAAAGAGAGCAUGCCAUCAUCUCAGGUAUAUAAUGCUGGUUGUGUUGUGCUGUCAGGAAAUAAUGGCAAUAGCAUGCCAGUAGAACACAAUAGCAUACAAGAGGCAAAGACUCAGGACUCUGAAGAUGAUGAUGAUUUGGAGACUAAUAACAAGAAACCUUAUGUGCCCGUGGAAUUUGCUGACUUCAGUGUUUACAAUGCUAGUCUGGAAAAUAAGGAAUGGUUAUCCACUAAAGGAGAUUGCAUAAACUCUUGUGUUACUGAGAAAGAAGUAUCUCGUAGCCCCACCACAAGCAGUAUUACAAGUGGCUACUUUUCCCACAGUGCCUCUAAUGCAACAUUAUCGGAUAUGCUUAUUCCAUGUAGUGAAAGCAUGGACCAAUUAGCCAGUCAGAUGAGAGAUUUGGAUUCAAAUGACCAUUCCGUAGCACACCUAACCCAUGUUUUAAAAUCAUCAAACCAGGGAGUUUCAGAGGCAGAAAGGGACUUUGCUAAAUAUAAGAAAUUGGUGUCACCAAUCAUAGUAACUUGUGCCUUAGCAACAGAAAUUCAAGUGUCUGAAAGCACAAACGUAAAUGCUACAAGGUUACAUUGUUCCUCUUUGGAUUCCUCUACUAACAAACAUGAGAUUGAAUUUCCAUCUCGAGAAGCAACAGUUGAGCACAUUUCAAAUGUUUUUGAGGAUCAUGCUUUUACAGAAUUCAUGGGUGUUGACGAUGCAAAAGAAUUUGAAUGUUCAGCAAGUAAAACUUCUAACAGAAGAAAAAAGUUCUUAACAGCUGGAAUGAACUCUGCCAUACCUUUCUCAAAAAAUGUUCAUGACCAAGAUAGUGCUUUGAGCUGUCUGGAAUCCAGAUCAGUGGGAUACCACCUGUCAAACAGUAUUGAAAAUCCUUUGUUGAAUGCCAGAGAAAAAGAGGCUUCCUGUUGCCAGCAGUAUGCACAUUCUCUCCCAGCAGGUGAUUUCAAUGGAAAAAAUCAUUUAGAUGUCCCAAGUUCUGAAGGCACUACUACUGAAGGACAUCCUAACUGGUUGGCAGUAGGAGAGCAAGUAUAUGUUGAUGCUAAUAAGACUGGCAUAGUAAGAUACAUUGGGCCUGUGGAUUUUUCAACUGGUACUUGGGUUGGCAUUGAAUUACACGUUCAGAUGGGAAAACAUGAUGGAACUAUAAAAGGCAGAGAAUAUUUCCAUUGCAAGCCACAACAUGGGAUAUUUGUGCGUCCUGAAUGCCUCGCUAAAACACCAGCUGAAGUAAAGUUACGCAGUAGAACUUCACAAUCUCAGGUAUUGUCCAGUGUGGAGAAGUUGAAGAAUCCGAAGUUUCAAGGGUCACCGUCUCUCAAAGCAGAAGCCUUCUGUCAAUCAGGAGAUGCAGCAGCUUCUGCUUUUUCUAGAAAACAGGAGAUUAGGAAAUCUUGGAUUAACUGAAGUUGGUUUUGGUUUUCCACUUGCUGCACACAUCACUGGGGGGAAACAACUUUCUUUUUCAAAAUAAUUGUAGUUUUAAUAUGUAAUUGAAUGUUUGAAUCACAGAUAUAAUUCUGUGGUUCUUUUUAAAAAUAAACUAUGGUGACAGUGUAUAAUUUGCCUAUCCUAAAGGCAAACAUGGCUGCACACUAGAGUACAAUCCUAUCAUAACCUGGAUGUGUACCCUGUUGCGCUCAAUUGGAUUUCUGAGAAUGGAUAUAUAACGAUGCACUGUCUGUAGAUAAAACUGUGAGUUUUACUGAAUGUUACUGAACAAAAUGGGUUACAUUUUAUACAGAAUAUUUUAUUGUGUGGAAAGGCCAUGGGAUGUAAAUAUGCAUCUGAGGGGAAACCUACAAUAUGUUAAUUACCAAAGAAUUUGUAUUAGAUUAAUACACAUGCUGUUUAUAUCAUGGUUUAAUUGUAUGUAUAUGUUUUAACUGACAGCUUGGUGUCAUAUUUCUAGAGAUUAAUACCAGGCGUCAUGCUACCUUAUAUCUUUUGUUUAAUAUGAGCACUGAAGAUACUGUUUUCACUUUGAUUUUGUUUUGUCUUCCUAUGGGCCUGCCACUGUGUCAACUUGACAUUUAUUGGAAAUAUUUAAAAUGCCUCUAGAUUGUAUAAAUGGCAUUUUUUGUGUACAUGCCAACCAGGCAAUCUAGAUGCAGGAACAGUAUUACUGCUUUUUAAAAACAUGGGCACAAGAAAGAAAAUAGCAGUACAGCAUUACAAUUACAAAAAAAUGCACUGUUUGUUGCUGGCUGUGAUAAGACUUAGGCAAAAUGUUCUGAGGCGAUUUAACCUGUAAAUAUAUUUUUAUAUGAACUUAUAUUAUGCUUUGGAGUUCUUAGGGAACUAUUCCAUGUAUAGAUAUUAUGUUAGAUAUAUGUAAAGUAGCAAAUGGUUCAAGAAAAAGGAAAUAUGAAUGGCCUACUGUAGUCUUCAUUUUUUAGGAAGUAAUUGAGAUAAUGGGACCUUAUGGACAAACUGCUGCUACUGCUCUUUGAUUUAUAUGUAUAGUAAGCUAACUCCUAGUAUUUUGCAAUUAUUGUAAAGAAUGUAAUUUAUAUUCUAUUUCUGCUAUACUGUAUUUAAUUGGUACAGAACAUUUGUGUUAGAAUACAGAGUGUUUACUUCAAAUUUUAUAAAUGUUUGUGCUUAUUUGAUUUAAUAUUCUGGAACAUAACAUUUUAUUAGCUGAACUGCUCCGUAAUUCAAAAUUUAGCAUAUUCUACACUUAUGUCUGGAUACACUUUUUGAAGAUGAUAAAAUAUUAAAGAUGUAAAGUAUAUUCAUUAGUGAUUUUAUCAAUCCCCUCUCCUAAGCAAUAGUUCCUCAUAUGGAUCAUGAUGCAUAUUGUCUUCUGUACGAUUAGGUGGCUUUCAGCUUAUAAAUUGUUCCAGCAAAACAGCUUCAGUCAUACUUCACUUACGAAGUAGCUGCCCUGUCAGUGUAACAUAGAUAAACCACCACAAGUCAUUUCAGAUCACCAUCAUCUACAGUGUUGCAGUACUUUAUUGCUGCAGUAAACUGUUUUUGGAGAAGGUGG